CUCAUCUGUGACAAACUAAAACACCAUGCCGUGAUGUAUCGCCAAUUUCCCAAAUCUGCAAUCAAGCUCUUAAGCUCCUAUCCCUUCAACUCUUCUUCAAUGUUUAUUUAUUGCAUUAUUUUGAACCAAAACAAGGUUGAGAGUAAAGCAUAGGCCGAAAAAAGUCGUGGAUGGUUUUCAAAACUUGACCUGGAAUCAAAACAACAACGAGGCAAUGGCAAUUUCUUGCCAUUCUCUGUAGCCUUUCUCCAACUCGUUAUUUUCUGACUGGCAUAACGACACGCUUUUUAUUUUUACAAUAACAAAGAAUACCUAUGAAGAAGAACCUUCUUAAACCUCUCCAGAACCCUCAACCAAAAUGCCCAGAACGAUUGCCACCACUUUCUCCACUGUUGGACUCACCCCAAACACCAACACCUUCCCUUUCUCUCUUCCCCACAAUUCCCGAACCCCGUCACCAGAGCCAACUCUUUUCCUUCCUCAAAACUCACCUGACCCACCAACCCUUAACCCCACAAACCCUCCUUCACUUUCUCAAAACGAAGCUCCAUCAUCAUCCCAUUUUCACCCACUAUGACUUCCAAGUUUUCUCUUGGGCUUCCACCUUUGACUUUUUCCGCCAUGACCACUCAACUUUCCUAUGGAUGGCUCACUCCUUAGGCUCCUCUCACCGUUUCUCUCAGCUUCAUUCUCUCCUUAGUUUUAUAGCUGCCAAUCCUUGCCCUUGUUCUCCAGGUAUCUUCUCUUGCCCUCAAAUGGAACCCCUUUUUCGAUUCGUUAUCGAUGCACUUUGUAGAGCUAGGAAGCUGAAUGAUGCUAUUUUUGCUUUUGAAACCAUGAAGAAAUUGAUUGAUGGAAAGCCUAGUGUUGUUAUUUAUAAUGUUUUGAUUAAUGGGUAUUUGAAAAGUGGGGAUUUUGGGAAGGCUUUGGGGUUUUAUAAGAGGAUGGAAAGCGAUAGAGUGAAGCCAGAUGUGUAUACAUUUAAUACUUUGAUUAGUGGUUAUUGUAGGAAUGGAAAAUUUGAGUCAGGAUUGGAGUUGUUUAGGGAGAUGAAGGAGAAAGGUUGUACUCCUAACGUGGUAAGUUUUAAUACUUUGAUUCAAGGGCUUUUUCGGGAAAAGAAGGCUGAGGAAGCAGUUAAGAUGGCAUAUGAGAUGAUUCAGUUUGGGUGUGAAUUUUCAACUGUGACUUGUGAGAUUUUGGUCAAUGGUUUGUGUAAGGAGGUGCAGGUUUCGAUGGCAUGUGACUUGGUCAUUGAUUUUUCAAGGAGGGGACUGUUGCCAAAGGAGUUUGAUUAUUGUGGUUUGGUGGAGGAGCUCUGCGCUGAAGGAAAUGCAGGUAGAGCAUUUGAGGUGGUUAAUGAGUUAUGGAUAAAGGGAAAUGUUCCGAGUUUGAUUUCUUGUACCACUUUGAUUGAAGGUCUGAGGAGAUCUGGGAGAAGAGAAGAUGCAUUUGGGUUGAUGGAAAAGAUGCUUAAAGAUGGUAUUGUUCCGGAUAGCGUGACUUUUAAUUGUCUCAUGCAAGAUCUUUGUGAUUUGGGAAGAACAAUGGAUGCAAAUAAAUUUAGAUUAUUGGCUUCAACGAAGGGUUUAGAACCAGAUGAGGUGACUUAUAGCAUUUUGGUAUAUGGAUAUACAAGAGAUGGCAGAAGGAAGGAAGGAGAAAUUUUGGUGGAUGAGAUGUUGGAUAAAGGAUUUAUACCUGACAUUGCUACGUAUAAUAGGUUGAUGGAUGGGCUCUCCAAUUCUAGAAGCUUGGCGUUGAAGAAAGUUGGUGUUGUACAUAGGUGAACGGGAUACUUAGUUGUGACAACUAGCAUGACGGGCACAAUAGUUAAAGGAAGAACAAAUGUGAUGGUCGAAGUGGAAAGAGAUGCACUGUGAAGUUCUUUUUGGUCGAUAUGUGAACUUAGUUGAUCAAGGCUAUCUUCUGCUCUGUAAUUAGCCUGAAGAUGACCUAGCAAAUGCAUAUUGAUGGAGUUUCAUCUUCCUCAGUUUAGAGUACUGCAUGGGGGAAUUUGACAAUAAAUCCACUUCAGAGAGCACAAAACGGGAUACCAUGUGAUGAAUUGCCAAAUCCUCUUGGCCACUAAGUGUAAUCAGUUGAUCAAAGCAAUCUUCUAUUCUGUGAUUGGGCUGAAGCUAGCCACCUAGCAAAGGCACUUAGGUGGAAUUGGAUCUUCCUCAGUGUACAAUAAUGCAAGGGUUGUUGGGAAAUUUGACAACAAAUCCUUUCAGAGAGCAGGAAAUGGGGUACCAUAUGAUGUUAUGCUUCACUGUGGUCUUUGGGAAUCCAUGCUUUUUCUCUGCAUAUGAUUGUCUAACAGCAUUUAUUUGUUAAGCAUCAGCCUGAAGGACAGGACAGUAUACUUCUUGCAGAAAAUUGGUAUACAUCUGUGUUUAGGAUGCUAAGGAAACAAGGAAUAGGUUCGCCUACAGAAUAAUGCUAAACAGCCUACACUUGCACCUUCCCGACUUCUUCCACUUUAAUCUGUGAAGUGGUACCAGCUAAUAAGUUACAGCAUGGUGUUAGGUUACUGCAAAUUUCAACUUCACACAUCAUAAACUGUAAACAUUUGUUGAUGUACAUCUUUGCAACACAGCAAAGGGAACUAUCCCGCACACAAUCUGACCCUCCUUUCUUUUUCUUUUCCUUUUACUCUAGGUUCUUCCUUUAUGAUUUGUGGAUAUUAUAUUUACUCAGUUUAAUAAACCUAAUGACAAAUUGGUGGAGAUCUUUUUACAUUGUGGAUUUGGUGGGUACCUUUGGAUUAUGAUAUUAUUACUGCUUCUUCCUAAUUGGCAAGCUAGUGAUCUCCCUAGCUCACUCGAAUGUUAGUCCUCUCAUGGCCACCAUUUGCCUUGAUGAAGAUUUUGCAAGGUAGCAACAAUUCUGUAUUUCAAGAAACUUGCUUCCAAACAAACACAUCUUUCAUCAGCUCUAGACUUGGUUGAUAGUUUUCUUGUAUGUUUCAAUUUUUUCUUUUCCCACGAUUACAGGGUGUUGUGGGAAGACACUGACUUUAGAGCUCCAUGUUCUGAGGCCCUGAUAGCUGUCCAGUGUAUUAGUAUACCUAUUUAUUAUCACAGACCAGCAAAAUUACUUAUGUUGGUUGAAGACUUAAGUUCGGUUGCUACUUGGUACUAGAUGCAGCAUGUAAAGGUAAAUAAAAUGUUACAAGUGCUCUUUUUUUGUUUUUUUGUUCUGUGAAAGUUGAUAAAAUUUUCAUGUGUUGAAUCUAUUCCCAUGGAAUAAUCUCUUGAUUUCUUCUCUGUAUAAUAUGUCAACUACUGCGUGCUCGAGAUAUGGCACAAAAAACAUAGGACCAGAUAGCAUUGUGUAUGGUACUCACUGACAGAGACUUGGUUGAGCAAGACUAUGAAGAACGAGAGUGGGAUAGAGGAUUCCGAGAGAUUGAGAAGUCAGACUAAGAAGAGGCUAUAUGGACUAUAGUUACUUGGAGAGGCAAUUCUACAAAAGAAAAUCAGCAAUCUACGCUUCAAUGCUGUCUGGAUUUGCUGAGGCCAGAGGGUUAGAAAUAUUGAUUUUUCACUAAUGUCUGUCAUUAUAGAUUUACCAAACAACUGCAUUGUGAAUU